AAAAGAUUCCAUUCCCAUCUACUCCUUACACACCGUCCAAAUCCCAAUCUAACAUCCAAACAGGUCCACUUUCCAAUUCAUACAGUUUCCACCAUGAACAACAACAACGAAAGCAACCCAAUAGAAAUAGAGAAAAAGCCCAACAUCCUCUCAAAACAAAGAACGAUAAAUUAUUGUUUCUGCUCUCCAAAAAUCUUCGUAUCCCUCAUCAUAACCUUCGUUACCAUUCUCAUUCUCUUCCAAAUCCAAUCUGUAGAAACCCCAUUCUCUCUUCCAUCAGCACACUCUCCUUCAUGGGCUUCCCUCCAUUCAUGGGGAGAAAAGAUCUUCAACACCCACCUCAGCUUCAACUGCACUGCCCACCUCGACGCCAUCAUCUCCCGUCUACGCGACUCCGUCACCUUCCUCCCCCUCAAGGAUCUCCGCUUCGCCACCACAGCAAUGCAAGACCACACGUGGUUCAUGAGUUCCCUCAACGACACGUACGACGGGGGCGAGUCCGAGUACCAGUACUUCCCAUCGGAGGCGUCGAAAGGUAGGCUCUUGUGCCUCAUGGGCCGCGACAGAUUGGACGGCGGGAGGAACUCGUAUGCACUGGCGUGGCCCGAUAGUCUGCCGAGAGGAGCGACGGUUCUUGGAGGGCUGACGUACGUGUCGGAUACUUACUACGACUACGACAACCUGUGGCACGGGUUAAUGGCGAUGAUGCCUUUCGUGGAGUGGUAUAAACGGAAAGGGUGCGUAGUGCCCACCCGGUGGAUUUUAUAUCACUGGGGUGAGGUUAGGGUGAAGAUGGGGACUUGGGUGGGGACGUUGAUGGGGGCCACCUUUGGUGGGGUAGUGAAUGUGGAGGGGUUUGAGGGUGGUGAUGGUGGGCCCACCUGUUUGGAGAAGGCGGUAGUGUUUAGACAUAAUAUGGGGAGGAUGGUGGAGGAGAAGAGGAUGGAGGUGUUUGAUAUGAUGAGGUGUAGGGCGAGGGCGUAUUGUAACGUGAGCGGGGGUGCGCAGGAUAAGGAGAGGGGUGGUGUUCGGCUGACGGUGUUGCUGAGGACUGGGGCGAGGGCGUUUAAGAACGAGUCGGGGGUGGUGGGGAUAUUCGAGAGGGAGUGUGGGAAGGUGGAAGGGUGCAGAUUGACGGUGGCCAGAUCGGAUAAUAUGACUUUCUGCGAUCAGGUGAAGAUGAUGAGUUCAACGGACAUUCUGGCGUCUUCGCAUGGGGCCCAGCUGACCAACAUGUUCUUGAUGGAUACGAACAGCAGUGUGAUGGAGUUCUUCCCAAGAGGGUGGUUAGAGCUGGCAGGUGUAGGACAGUACGUUUACCACUGGGAAGCGAGCUGGUCAGGAAUGAAACAUCAGGGCGCUUGGAGGGAUGCCCAAGGUGAUGAAUGCCCGAAUCCUGAGCCGCCUGGCGGGUGCAUGUCCUUCUACAAGGCUAGCAAGAUCGGGCACAAUGAGACCCACUUGGUGGAGUGGGCCCGGAAUGUGCUCAAAGAGGUGAAGAUCAAACGGUUGGAGGAAGCCUCUAGGGACCCUGUCUCACCUCCAUGUCCAUGUAGCUAGUGUCUUUGGUUGCAUUUGCAUUGAUUUAUUUGUAGUCCUGAAGUGCAUGUUAUGUUUCUUGACAAAGGAUGCAAUGUUACACGUGUAUAUCUAAGUUUGUUGUCAAACAGUAUACCGUACACGUGGCAUCCAUGAGAUCCAUACCGUAAUCUGAGCGACCCGAAAUGGAUGGUCGUUACUGAAUAAAUAAAUAAAUAAAUCAAGUUGUUUGGAAGGGCA